AUCCGACUUUGGAUUGUAUAUCUGAUGCCUGCGUGUAGUCCGCCAGCAGCGAUUCGAGUGAGUGACACAAAUUGUAUUGUCACUUUAAUCUGCUACAACGUUGUAACUUCUAUUCUGCUGCUCUGAUAAGUCAUAUGAUAAUUAACAUUUAUUAUCCUCUCGACUGACAAAUUGAUCAUUUAUCUUAUCAUUAUGGAAUUGUUAGUCCGGUAUCAUGACGGGAGCGAGUCAGUUGGGCCGCAUGGUUCCACAAUGAGCCAAGGCAUAAUCAAGGAAGAGAUUCUUCGAGAUGACCUAAAAUACUACUUCAUGAGCCCUUGUGAGAAAUACAGGGCCAGACGCCAGUUACCAUGGAAACUGGGGGUGCAGAUUCUGAAAAUCGUCAUGAUCACAUCACAGCUUAUCUUGUUUGGACUGAACAACCAGCUUGUGGUUUCCUACAAGGAGGAGAACGCUAUGGCCUUCAAGAACCUGUUCCUCAAGGACUAUAGUGGAGUUGAUGAGGAAGAUUACAGUGUGGCUCUUUACUCCCAACAAGCCGUCUAUGACAGUCUGUUCUAUGUGCUGGAUCAGUACGGCCAGUUGGAGCGUCUCUCUGUGGGGCCUAUCAGUUAUGCUGAGGAGGACGGGAAACUAUUACCUCUGGUCAUCUGUAAGGAGCACUACAAGAGAGGCAAUGUGGAACCCUCAGAUGAGGCGUACGACAUUGAUGCUCAGUUAGAAAAAGUUUGUAUGACACAUGAUCCAACGAACGUGAGCCAGUGGAAGGCAGAAAAUAUGUCUUUUUUCGAUCUGGAAUUUUACAGGCUUGUCGACAUCAAGAUCACUUUUCAACUUAAAGGAAUCAACCUGCAAACAGUGCGCUCACAUGAGUUACCGGACUGUUAUACAUUCGUUGUUACGUUGUCUCUCUUUCUCCAGAUUACAUUUGAUAACCAGUGUCACAGCGGAAAGAUGAAAAUCUUCCUCGACAUUGACGCACUGAGCAGUGCGUGCAAAAACUGGAAGAUUUCAGGGACUGCUCAGAAGAACACACACUACCUUCUGGUGUUUGAUGGCUUUGUCAUAUUGGUUUGCCUGACCUCGGCCGUGCUAUGCACACGCUCCAUCGUUCUGGCAGUCAAAUUACUGCAGAGAUUUUCCAGGUUCUUCCGCGAGAAUUAUAAUCACAGGGUAUGCGAGACUGACCAAAAGGAGUUUUUAAAUGGCUGGUAUGUUUUGGUGAUUGUCAGUGAUGCUAUGGCCAUAGUAGGAUCCAUAUUGAAGAUGGAAAUACAAGCAAAGAGUCUUACCAGCUAUGAUGUGUGCAGCAUCUUUCUGGGGACUUCUACGCUGAUGGUGUGGGUGGGAGUGAUCAGGUACCUGGGCUACUUCCAGAAGUACAACGUGCUCAUCCUGACCAUGAAGACUGCCUUCCCCAAUGUGAUCCGCUUCUGUUGCUGUGCUGGCAUGAUCUACCUGGGGUACACCUUUUGUGGCUGGAUCGUACUUGGCCCUUACCAUGAAAAGUUUGAGGGCCUGAGUCGGGUGGCCGAGUGCCUGUUCUCGCUGGUCAACGGUGACGACAUGUACACCACCUUCGCACAGCUGAAGGACAAAAACAGCCUGGUGUGGCUGUUCAGCCGCGUCUACAUCUACUCCUUCAUUUCCCUCUUCAUCUAUAUGGUGCUCUCGCUCUUCAUCGCCCUCAUCACAGACGCCUACGACACCAUCAAGAACUACCAGAAGAAUGGUUUCCCCAUGACAGACCUGCAGAGGUUCCUGAGAGAGCAGAAGGAUUUUCCCCCUAGUGAGGAGGGCAGCGAGAUGGACACAGAGACUGGAAUGGGAUACCCAGUGCUGUGCUGCUGCAGACGGGCUCCAAGCGAUGAUGACAUCGUACUCAUCAGCUGACCGCAGCCACACCUGGGAAUGUUGGGAGAAGAGGAGGAUUCUGGAAAUUGGGAACCCGGACCUCUGAAAUACAGGAAAGAACCCUGAUGGAAAUCCUGUACAAUAAUAUUUGGGACCAUGCAGCUUUUUAAAGGCAGAGUUUGUAUAUUUUCCACAGGGGAGCAAAUGUGCAAUAUAAGUGCCAAAUAAUGUUGUUUUUUUUAUAUUGCCUUUUAAACAUUCAACCAAAAGCCAUGUACAAUAUCUGCUGGCUCAGAGCCAGUGGCUCUGUAUUAGCAAAGAGAAGGAACAUAUUUAAAAGUUAGAAUCCUUAAUUGAAACAAUAACAAAGUGGCCACCCCAUCUCUGAGGGAUGGGCCUGGAGAAAUGUAACCACUCU